CUUUGCUUACUCAUCUUUGGCCUCAGUGGGAAAAUGGCGUUUACGCUGUUCGGUCGCGUCUUAAUUCUAUUUUUAGUGUCAGCUGGUGCAUCCGGACAGUUCAACAUACCUGAUGUGACGAUACAGGCCUUAAAACCCAAGGGCAUACGGGUGUCAAUACCAGAUGAUUCCUCACUAUCACUAUUUGUAUUCCAAGGGAAUGUAAAUAGAGGUAUAAAAAACACCGAUGUUGGUCAAAUAACAGGAGAAAUCACAGCGCCAAAACGCGGGAAAUGGGUGUUUGAAGACCUCAAUAUAGACCUUAAACCUAAUGACGUCAUCAACUAUUACGUUUAUGUGGUUAGCAAUAGAAAGGGCUAUUUUAAAGAUAACCUUUCAUUUACUGUUAAAGAACUGGUGGACCCAUCAGCUCCAGCAUCAUCCCCAGGAUGUCGCAGUACUCUGACACAAGUGAGAGAUGGCAAAGCGUGUGCCGGCCAAGUUAUAUUUGAAGACAACUUUGAUAGACUUAACGAAGAUUUGUGGUACAUCGAACAGUAUGUGCCGGAACAACCUGAUUAUCCGUUUGUAUCCUACCAACGUCCACCGAAAAGUCAAACAGUAUCAGUUAAGAAUGGUAAUUUGGAAAUAGCACCUCAACUUCUUCAAAACUUUCCUGGAUUUUCGAAUAACUCGAUUUACUCUGGUACUCUAGAUUUAAUGAGUGGCUGCACAAGUAGAUCAACAUAUUCAUCGAAAUGUAGUACAAGUGCUUGGGGAGCAAAUAUACUGCCUCCAGUUGUCAGCGGAAGAUUGACUUCAAAGCUGUCCUUUAAAUACGGUCUCGUGGAAGUCCGGGCGAAAUUACCUCGAGGCGAUUGGAUAUUUCCAGAUAUCCUGUUAGAGCCUGUAUUGAACAAAUACGGGUUCAUGAACUAUGCAUCAGGAAUAAUAAGGAUAGCUGGUGCACGGGGGAACAGUGAAUUGAUGUUUGGCAAUGAUAAUAUUGGAAAUCAGGUUCUAUAUGGAGGACCGAUUAUGGAUUUCAAUUGCCGUCAAUACCUCAUCAGGACCAAAUAUUCUGGGAAUCCUUGGUCUAACGACUUUCAUCUCUAUGCUGUACUGUGGGAACCCACUCGAAUAACCUUAACAGUGGAUGGUAUAGAAUGGGCUCGUGUGGAGCCCACAACAAAUGGACUGCAGGGACAGCUGCCCCGGGACUGUCAGCUACCACGCGACCUCCUCAACACUGGGACCAGCAUGGCUCCGUUUGAUGAUUAUUUCUAUACAACAUUAGGGGUGUCAGCUGGUGGAAUAUCCGAGUUUCCAGAUGGCAUCUACACAUCCGGGUCUCGUUUGAAGCCUUGGAGGAAUCGAGGUCGGAAGGCGAUGCUCAACUUCUGGCAAGAUAUGGACGCCUGGUGGCCGACAUGGUCACAACCAUUGGUCAUUGACUACGUACGAAUUAAAGCCCUUUAGAUUUACGUUAGGAUUUAGUCGAAUAGUAAUUGUUCUUUAUCACCUGUAAAGGAUUUUUUAUGAAUGAAAAAAUAUGCAAAAAUCUUUUUUAUUUGUAUAAAAUACUUUAUAGUUUUACAAAUGAAUUGUUAUCAAUAAAACAUUUUGAAAAAUA